AUGGUUUUAUUUAUCUUUGGAAUACUGACUAUUGUCGGAGCUACUGCUCGUGCUAUCGAUGUCCGUCUGGUCAACGGGUCCGCUCCAAACGAAGGUCGCGUCGAAAUACGGCACACGGGCUCCUCCAAUUGGUCAACAGUUUGCGGAACUUACUGGGAUAUUAUCGACGUCAUAGUCACGUGUCGACAGCUAGGCUUCCCAGGGGCCCAUGCGUCUCUCAAGAGGUCAGAGUUCGGGCGAGGAGUAGGAAGGAUAUCGAGGACACUACUCUUUUGUCGAGGUGGUGAAAAAAGUUUGAACGCGUGUUCAAAGUCAACAUCACUCAUCUGCAGAGACGGACUGACGGCUGGUGCCGUUUGCCAAGAACCAGGCUACCUUGGUUGCUAUGGCGACAAGACCCACGCACGAGCACUUGCAGACUUGGUCUACAUCAGCAGGAACAUGACAGUGAUGCUGUGUAUCAACCAUUGUCGCGACCGGGGUUAUCCUUAUGCAGGGUUGGAGUACGGUGAAGAGUGCUACUGUGGAGCCGCGGGAUCGAGUUACUCCCUCUACGGACGGUAUUGGGAUUCGGCCUGCCAGCAUCCAUGUACUGGGUAUUCGAAUGAGAGAUGCGGAGGGAUAGGACGAAUUGCAGUUUAUAUAACAAAUGCAACAGAAACGGUAGAUACAACAACGUUGCCACCACCAGUGUCAAAUACUACUUUAUCGAUAAAUACCAUGACAACACUAUCAAUUUUUCCGAAAACAACGAAGACGAAAAGAAGCAACGAGACAUCAUAUCUUACGACUAGAACACCAGACGUACAGACAAAGAUGAUCAACGGAACCAAUUUUAAUGCACAUACAUCCAAUGAUGAAAUGAAAUACUUAGCCGUCAUAAUGGGAAGUCUCCUGACAGUCGGAAUUGUCGUUAUUUCAUUUAUUCUCGUCUGGAAUUUUAAACUAAGAUCCCGGAUGCGAGCUAUCCAGGACAGCCCACUAAACUCGACCGAUCGAGGAAACAACUCGUCCUACGACCAAGAAGAUAAAAAAGUCCAGCUCGUCUACUCCGAUCUCCUCACGACCGAUCUGACCAAUAACCAUUACGAAUCAUUAAUUACUUCCGGGGCAGUUGAAGAGGAACCGCCCGUUGUGGCGAGGUCCAGUGAACCGGUGGUCGCAGUGGAUAAAAGACCGAGAAGACACACAAGUAUACAACCUAGGAUUCCGACCUAUUUUCCUCAGCCGGAUUUAUAUGAAAAUUAUAGAUAUUCCUACAUGCAAUGAUAGAUAUGAUGGUGUAUUAUAAACACUUUGAUUACUAAACAUUCUGAAAUUCAUUCUAAGAGGAAAUCCUGUAUUAUGUGAAAGUGUAAAGUAUUAACCACGUUGUAUUUUUAGAUUUGCAAUAUAAUGUACAUCAAACAUAUUUUGUAAACUUAUGAACAUUUAUAUCUCUUUUUUACCAUUAUAUUUGUGGGAAAUAGAUUCUUAGAAAUCCCUUGUAACAUUACCAUAAUCAUUUAAGACAUGCAGCACAAUAAAUGUAGCCGUAAACGUUUACAAUGUUUGAGGAACCGUAAUGUUCUGUUUCAUUUAUGGUUACCAAACAGUUUAUUCUACUUCUUCUUGUAUAUCUAAUUUUGCGCGAGUUUCGCUUGUUUAACCUCUCUCUCUCUCCCUCGA